UAAAGAAUCAACAGUUAUUCAAAUUUGCCUCCAAAUUUCUAGCAAGCCAAUGAGAAAUUCAACCAAUUACGUAAAAGUAAAAUGUCAUGACGCUAUCAGCUGACGAGUCGUCAACUGCUCAAACGAUAUUCAUCCAAAAUGUCCAACAAAUAUAUUUAGUACAGUUUGCAAUACUGAAAUAUUUUAUAAAACACUUAUCAGUGUUUUCGAUCGCUCACUACGAAUACGCCUUAAGAGUCAUCUGCUCAAGCGAUUAUUAAAAACAACAAGUCAGUGUUUUAUCAGUCGUUGCUCAACAUGGCGAGUAAUAUGCAGAGAUUAUUUUUGAGAGCCGAUCGUUUGUGUCGUGUUAAUUUCACGAGGCAGAUUUCCGUCUCCACGUCACUUCGAGUAAAAGCCAUGUUCGAUUGGGAGGAUCCGUUUGAUCUUAGGUCGCAAUUAACGCAGGACGAGAUUCUGAUGAGGGAUCAGUUUCGUUCUUACUGUCAGGAGCGAUUAUUGCCGCGCGUGAUCGAGGCAAAUCGCAAGGAGCAUUUUGACCGGGAGAUUAUGAGGGAGUUGGGCCAACUAGGGAUAUUGGGUUGCACCAUGAAGGGUUACGGUGCUGCCGGGGCAUCCUCGGUAGCGUACGGGCUCCUUGCCAAGGAGAUCGAGAGCGUCGAUAGCGGAUAUCGAUCAGCUUUAUCGGUGCAAUCUUCUCUCGCGGGUGGUGCGAUUUAUAUGUACGGCAGUGAUUAUCAGAAGGAUCGACUUUUGCCUAAAAUAGUUUCCGGGGAAAUAAUUGGCUGUUUCGGUUUGACGGAACCUAAUCAUGGUAGUGAUCCAGGAUCCAUGGAAACCAGAGCGACUUACGAUUCCGAUAAAAAAAUUUACAAACUAAACGGCAACAAAACAUGGAUUACAAACUCGCCCAUUGCCGAUGUAUUAAUAGUAUGGGCGAAAUGCGAUGAUAAUAAGAUUCGUGGGUUUAUCGUUGAGAGAGAGACCGCGGGAGAUGGAUUAUCUACGCCGAAAAUUGAAGGAAAAUUUUCUUUAAGAUCGUCCAUCACUGGAAUGAUCUUGAUGGACAACGUAAUUGUACCUGAGGAAAAUGUGUUGAACGUUGAAGGACUUAGAGGACCUUUCAGUUGUUUAAACAAUGCUCGCUACGGAAUCGCUUGGGGUGCGUUGGGUGCGGCGGAGACUUGCUUCAAGAUUGCCCGAUCUUAUACUCUGGAGAGGCGACAGUUUAACAAGCCACUGGCAGCGAACCAACUUGUGCAAAAGAAAUUGGCUGACAUGAUGUGCGACAUCGCGAUCGGUCUUCAAGCUUGUUUGCGAGUCGGUAGAUUGAAGGAUGAGAACAGAGCCGCUCCGGAAAUGAUUUCUGUCAUAAAGAGAAACUCGGCCGGCAAAGCGUUGGAGAUUGCGCGAACCGCGAGAGAUAUGUUAGGCGGAAAUGGGAUUUCGGACGAGUAUCAUGUCAUCAGACACGUGAUGAAUCUGGAAACCGUAAACACCUACGAAGGCACAACCGAUAUUCACGCGUUAGUCCUCGGGAGAGCAAUUACCGGCAUUGCUGCAUUCUAAAUCAUUCUUUUUAUCAAAUGUCAAAGACUAUCUUUUUACGAUAUAUGUAUUAUGUGCCAUUUAUAUUUUCAUAAAUGCGAGUUGAGAUAUUGUAUCGGCAAUUUCUAAAAAUUUUCUAUGUAAUAAAAUUGCCAAUUUAUAAUACAA